AAAUCGAGGCCGCGACGUCUGCCUGGAGCAGGCUACAUACAAACUCUCGACUUCUCCUCUUUUGCUUCCUUCUCCAAGCCAUCGCAUCGCUUUCGCCGUCGUUUUCUCCAUCGCAUCAUUGUCGCUAUGGCCGAGAAGCGUCGAGACUCUAUCGCCGACGAUUGGCUGGAGGUCGAGAGCGCUGCCUCCGUCUUGUCGCUUCCGGAUGACGAUGACCAUGAACUGUACCACCACUCGCGACCAACAUCUCCUCUCCUCCCCCCGCAAGCGCAUCAUUCCCCAGGGUCUUCUUAUACGCCCCAAGUCCAGCUAGCUGUCGAGAAACCCACUCCUGAGAGCCCGCGCCAGUCACCAGAACGAUCGCCGACGCCCCACAAUGAAGCUACCGAAGCCAAACCGUCGGCUUCAAUUGAAGAGACGUCCCUGGAUGACGACACCUUCUCUGCAAACCCCAUCGACUGCCACAAAUCUUGUUGCACAGCGAUAACGUCGCUCGACGAUGUCGCAAAGCUUGCGCGCGAACUUGCAGGCACUCGAGUUUCAACUCUAUCGCUCCUACAAUCCACAUGCAAGGGUAUCUUGACACAGGCGAAGGACCUAGAGACCAUGCUAGGUGCUUAUGCCAAGCACUGGGUCGCCCAAGGCUCCAACGUCGACGCCGACGACAUGCCUCUCAGCGCAAGUGUCUGGGACUGGAUUUCCAACCUCAGAGAUGAGCUCCUCCGUGCUCAAGGCGAAAUGCUGCACCUCAAGUCCAAGCCCACAGAAGAGACGACAGACUCGACAGACAGCAUCCUCCCAACCACCUUAGAGGCGAAGGACAUCCCUCUCAGUACCAACAUGGCGCUGGCUUCUUGUCUAGAAAAAUUAGAGGACAUGCAAAACACACUUGCAGACUUCUUGCCGAUUUUCAAAGUUGACUUUGACGAAUUCCGUACUAAAUGGAUGAAUUUCCCGCUCAAGGAAACCGACAAGGAACUUCAGCCGCCUCAGUCACCCAGAUCGUCUCGACGACAACCGCCCCAUCCUGCUGUUUGUCGCAUCCGCCGAGCUCUGUACGACUUGAAGGACCACAUCCAGAUGAUUGUCGUGUUUCUCUCCAAACUCUGCCAUUCACACCCAACACCAGGCAUCAUUGACCCUACAGUCACGCGGUCACUGGUAGAUCUUUCCGAGGCCAUCACCACAAUUCUCACAAACCAUGGCUCAGAAUGGAUCGAGUCAGAUACGAGGUCGACUCCCCAGGGACUCAUCUCAUACACACAGUUCCUGGAACUGGAUCCAGACGUUCUCCACGAUAUCAACGGUCAUCUGGACAAUUUUAAAGAGGAGCUUGAUAUUGACAAGAGCGAACGGGUCGCAUCCUUGUAUACCCCCGAGAUGAUCCACAACCACCAGGUCUUCCUCCUGCUUGAGGGUGGACAGCUCAACGAGCUGCGGGGCGUGAUCGAGCUUCUGUGGUCCAUCUUGAUCAAGGAUACCCAGACUGACGGAAAUUGGAUUUGA